AAAACCCUUGCAUUAAUACGAAACUAAUGCAAGAAGGAAAAACUUGAGAAGUCGUAAUUAGCAAAAGUAGGAGAAAAUGCAAAAGAGGCAAAUAUUGGUGGUAGCUGUAGUGUUAGCCGGAGUAAGCUUGGUAGUUUCAGACGAGGACGUGAAACCCUUGGAUUUCUACAAAUACAGUCUGCAAUGGGGACCAACUGUUUGUUUACAUCCUCCUCCGGGAAAGAAGUGUGAAGGGAGAGCCGAAGUGAGGUUUACCAUCCAUGGUUUAUGGCCACAAUAUUAUAAGGAUACGCCGGUGCCUCCGUACCAUGAAGAUCCUAGAUGCACCAACACCAAACCUACUUCAGAAAAUGACGUUGUGGAAAUAUUGAAGAAGAGCACAUUGAAAGCAGACUUAAUGAGGAAUUGGCCAAAUCUUUAUGCAAGGAAAGUAAGAAAAGAAGAGGAUAAUUUGCAAUUUUGGAAAUACGAAUGGGGAAAACAUGGAAUGUGUUCGGAUUACCCCAACAAACCUUCUGACUAUUUCAGUUUUACCUUAAACCUCCUACAAGAAUUCAUUAAUUUAAAAGAAGAUUUGGGAUUUAAACGUGGUAGCAAAGUGGGCGACAUUUUGAAAAAUCUGCGGGACAAAAACUAUAAACAGCCUCAAAUUGUAUGUAACAGUGAAAGUCAGCUGCUGGAGAUUCGUUUCUGUUAUAAAGAAAAAAAAGCUUUCGACUGCCCCUCUUGGGCGGGGAGUAAAACUGCUUGCAAAACCGAAACUGCCAACAUCUUUUUACCCGGUGGUGCUGGAGGGACGGAUGCUAUGAAUUACUAUUUCAGUCAUGAAUUGGGGGUGGGGAGUAGAACUUGCAAUGCCCAAACUGCCAACAUCUUUUUACCCGAUGGUGCUAGAGGGACGGAUUCUGUGUAUUACAAUUUCAGUCAUGAUGGUGGUAAUUACUAAAACUAGUUUAGUUUUUUAAUAUCUACCAUUAAGUUUAUCCCUCAUAUAUAUAUUAACUAUAUGAAUAAUGCCAACAAGCUAUUCGUUGGAUGGCUAUAAUUUAUAUGUUGGCACCAGAGUCGAGGUUGGGUCUUUUCCCUUUGAAUGUAAUAUGAUGUAUAAAUAAUUAUGAAUCUGUUUAUGUGCAGAUUCAAGUCUCUUGUUCGUCCCUUUUGAAUGUGAUGUGAUGUAUAAGUAAUUAUGAAUCUGUUUAUGUGUUGAUUCAAAUCUCUAAUGUCUAGAUUGAACAUAUAUCAAUAAAUUUUUAGUUUAUAUCUUAAUAAA